AUGGGUGGUACAGUAAACGUCAACUCGGAAAUCUACGGCAAGAUGUUGAAGACGAACCAAAUAUUUAGUGCAGGUUCUAAGAUUUCGAAGAGAAACAGCGUAACUGGUAAAAAAAUCCUGCCAUACCUGAUGCGUCAGAAGAAGGAUAAGGUGAAGGAAACGGAAAUCCAAUUUUCUUCAGACUCUCAACCUCCGGCUCCAAGUCCACCAAGGAGUCGCCCAUUCCUGAAUGAACAAACUUUGUCCAUAAGCAGUAAUGAUCCAGAAAGCUUCCACUGUGUAAUAGGGCCGGUUUUAGUGAUGGCUCAAUUAUUUGGAAUUCUACCGGUUUCUGGAAUACUCAUGCCGAGUCCGUUGCAGAUAGAAUUCGUGAAAUUUUCAGUUCGUACCAUCUACUCCGCUUUCAUAAGCGGGAUGGUGUUAUUCAUGGCAAUAUUGUCGAUUAUUCACAUGAUAAAAACACUAAACUCCGCAACUUUUGAAGUGCAAGGAGGCAUAGCAGCUGCUACGUCAGGCGCGAUAUUUUAUGCAAACUGCGUGGUGGGCCUGAUCAUAUUUUUCUGGCUGUCGUCGCGAUGGGUAACUCUCCAACGUGAUUGGAGAUCCAUGGAGCUAUUCAUAGACAGUAACAAGAUAGAACGACCAAAACUCCGUUGGAAACUCUAUUUGAUAGCUGCUUCCAUUCUAUCUGUGGCUCUUAUUGAACAUAUCUUGAGUAUAUUAGUGCAUGUCAAAAAAUAUGACUGGAGCGGCAAAUCGGACAAUGCGACGUUUUUCAAUUUUUUGGAAAUUUAUUGUAUGUCCUCUCACGCGUUUAUAUUGGAGAUACUGAAAUAUAACUUGGCGCUUGGUAUUUUCAUUUUUAUCGUCAGCAAAUUGGCGACUUUUACGUGGAAUUUUACUGAUGUUUUCAUCGCAAUGGUAGCUACCGGUUUGGCUGAAAGAUACAAAACAUUGAAUAAAUACGUGAUUAGUUUUAUAUCAAAACACCGACCAAUAGACUGGUCUGGAUUGCGCGAAGAUUAUGCUACUCUUAGUUUCAUGGUGAAAAAAGUGGACGACGAUAUCUCACCUAUAAUUCUCUUGUCGUUUGUAAACAAUCUUUACUUCAUCUGUUUACAGUUACUCAACGGAUUGUCGCUGCUUCAUUUACUCAGCACUGAUAACAUCAUGCUCACUGGAAUGCGUUUCUUUUCUAUUACACGGAAUUUUUUGUUGGCGGUUGGUGGUGCAAUUGUAACGUACGAAGUUGUGCUGCUACAAUUUAAUGUCGCGAUGAACAAAUAA